CGGCGAGAAGGCGACGCGCGCUCUGCGGCCGGCUCUGAAGAGUCAUCCGCGCACCCUCUCCCGCCGUCUGCACCUCCAUCACCGCUCCCCGACUGUAGAGAAGAUGGAGCCGGUGACCGUUGCAGCAGAAAACGGGGACCGGUCAGGGGCCCCGGCGGGCUCAGGACUGUCCGCUUCCCAGCGUCGGGCCGAGCUGCGGCGGCGAAAACUGCUCAUGAACUCGGAACAGCGCAUCAACCGGAUCAUGGGCUUUCACAGGCCUGGGAGCAGCGCGGAAGAAGAAAGUCAAAUAAAUUCAAAGCCACAGGACAGUGAUAAACUGAACUCCCUCAACAUUCCUUCCGUUUCAAAGCGAGUAGUGCUGGGUGAUUCCGUAAGUACGGGAGCAGCUGAGCAGCAGAGUGGUGUGACCGAGGUAAAGGGGACUCAGCUGGGAGACAAAUUGGACUCUUUGAUGAAGCCCCCUGAGUACGGUGCUGAUGAGCUCCGGCAGCGGAACAGAGGGGACCCGACAGCGGACACUGUCCAGAGGGGUCCUCGCCAUGGCUUAGAACAGUACCUCUCCAGAUUUGAAGAAGCUAUGAAGCUAAGGAAACAACUGAUUAGUGAAAAACCCAAUCAAGAGGAUGGAAAUACAACAGAAGAAUUUGACUCUUUUCGAAUAUUUAGAUUGGUGGGAUGUGCUCUUCUUGCCUUUGGAGUCAGAGCUUUUGUUUGCAAAUAUUUGUCCAUAUUUGCUCCAUUUCUUACUUUACAACUUGCGUACAUGGGACUAUACAAAUAUUUUCCCAAGGGUGAAAAGAAGAUAAAGACAACAGUAUUAACAGCAGCACUUCUGCUAUCUGGAAUUCCUGCUGAGGUGAUAAAUCGAUCCAUGGAUACCUAUAGCAAAAUGGGCGAAGUUUUCACAGAUCUAUGUGUCUACUUUUUCACUUUUAUUUUUUGUCAUGAACUACUUGAUUACUGGGGUUCUGAAGUACCAUGAAACCUGCAGAAUUCAGAAGGAGAAACUUACAGGAAAACAAUUGCUCUUCUGUGUUACAGUGUCCCUAAAGGAGGCAAAUAGGUUCAUGUGUUUAUUUAAUACUUUACUUUAUAGGAGUUGUAAAACUACUUGAUUAGGAAUGAAAUGGCAGGUUCUCUGAUUUAAAAGGUUUGACUUUGUAUUAAUAGUGAUGUGAAGAAUAGAGUACUGACGUCGUUAAUUGAUUUUUCUUGAUUAACUAAAAACCCCAGAAUACACCUUUUCCAAUCUUACCAGAUUUGUAAUUCCUCUUUUAGCGGCUGAGCUAGUGCUUUCAGGAGAGCAGAUGAAAUGGUCUCAGAUAGCCCCAAGGACUGUAUCUUGUAUUUGUGUUAUGUCCUCAGAAAUGGAGCCAUUUUAAAAAUAAAAUGAAAGAAACGAAAUUGUCUAAUGUUAAGUCUGCACAUAUUAAGGGCUGAAUAAGGUAGCCAAUUUGAUCUUUUUCUGUUGAUUUUAAGUUUUACUUGAGUGCAAAUCUUUAAUGAUUGUGAUUCAUACAUUGUGAAAUUAGAAGGUAUUUAUGAAAUCUUUAUUUUAUUUUAAUUUUUUAUUUAUGAAAUUUUUACCAAACUCAGAACUGGAUGUUUUCACUUUUGAGUUUUAAAUUUUUAGAAGUAGUGCUUUUUAAACAAACUAGAAAAGAAUGACUAGCUAUAAAAAUGGGAUUUGAAGAAUUGCUUGUGGUAUGCUACCCAGUAACAUGAAUAUCCUUUUAAGUAACUUGUUAACACUCAUAUUUGGGAGCUUUGUCUUAACAGAGUACAAAACAUAAGUGUCAUAUUGCUUGGUAUUACAUUCCCUUACAGAUUUUUGUAUGGUCCAAUUGGUUAAUCCUUGUGAUAUUAAAAAUGUGCUUUUUUUUUAUUACUCAAAAAGUCUUGAUUUUUUCAUUUUAUUUUGAACCAGGAUAAUGAAAAAAGUAUCGUUAUUUCAGUCUAUUUAUUCCCUGACUUAAGGUAAGACUACAAACAUAGUUUUCCUGAUUAUAUAAUGAACCUAGUAUAUAAAAGUUUGGAAAGCAUCUUUCAUGGAUUUGUUACUCUUCACCCCUAAGAAGACACUAAAGAGUCUUCACAUAAACAUGUUUACUUCUUAGUGGGGAAAAAAAAGACCCUAUUUAGCCAGUUGACACAGGCAGUGUAGAUCAUUAUCUAUUUUAUAGUUCAAAGAUUUGCUUUUUAAAGAUUUAUUUCUU